ACUAAACGACAGUCGCCCGGCCUAGUGCAUUCUCUGCAGCUGCUGGAAGCGCUCGCCACAGCGACUACUUUAAUGGAUUCCUCUGCUUGUACCGUGAAUCAAUCCACCGGCAACAGCGAAAACACUUCCUCCUCCCAUUUUCUCAAAACAGUUUGCUUGCAAGAUUGGUGGUUGAUAAAAGCCGAAAAGGACUUCAAUGGCAAGAGACUGGCUGUUGCGGGGUAUACAUCUAGAAAGCAACAAGCUGUACGCGUGUUUGCAUCUGCACCAAUUACCAAGAGACAUGAUGUCUUCACUCUUGAGACAGCUGAUGGGAUAUGUGUUAUCAUCAAGGGCAUCAUAAACAAGUUCCGCACAAAUCAAAAUGGUUUCCCUUCUGAGGUUUUCAGCCAAUUUGUGCUUGGUUUUCCUCCUUACUGGGAGGAUUAUGCUGGAAAUUACUUUGAUGCAGAAGUUAAUAUUGGAGUUGUUUCGAGAGUAAAUGCAAAUUCAAGUACUACUUCUAUGGCCUCUUUCUUGCAACAAGAAACUUCAUAUGAAGAUGAGAUGGGCAUUACUGAAGACAUGCAUGAUAGCAACAAAGAUAUUUUGGGUAAAACAAAAUUGGGACAUGAAAGCAGUGGAGUUGUACAAAUGGAACAGUGUGACCUCCAUCAGAUUGGUUUUCAUAAGUCUUCAAUUGUAGAUCAGAAACUGCUUUCUCAAAUUGUGUCUGAGAUGCUCAACACUGAUGCCUCAGAAACUUCAAGUUUCACAGAUCCUGUGAAUUUUAAUGUUGAUAAUGUGAAAAAUGAUGCUUCAUGGAACCUUCCCUUACAAAGAGGUUCUGAUAAUGACAUUGUUAGUUCAUUUGAGGAUACUGUUGUAGUGCCAGUAGAACCUUUUACAGAAUCUUCUAGGAGAAACUGCUCAGAAAGCAAUAAGGAUUCCAAGGAAAGAUCGCCAGGGAAUGGUGGCAAUGCGAAUUCCUCUGCUGUUAAUAAGGUUUUCUCGGUUGAAUUUUGCGGUGUUAAUAAUUCAAAUUCAUCUACUGCUGGUGUUUAUAGAAUGCAAAAAGAAUUUUCUUCUGCAGCAUCAAUUGACGAUAAUAUUAGAAUUCUUAGAACAUCUUUAAAUUCUAUUAGCAAUGCCAUGAAGUGUCCUAGCAUGGCCUCAGGCUAUGAAGCAAACAUCGUUACUCCAACCAAAGUGGAUAUUGAUAUUCUGAAUGACUAUCAAACAGAGGAUAUUGCUUCAAAAUGUCAUGUGAAGUGUAAAAUCAAUGGCCAGAAUUCCCUAUCAAAGGCCAUUGGGAACCCAGAUGAAGAGAAAUUGGACCUACAUUCAUCUGUUAGAAAUUUCAAAUCAGGUGAAAAUAAGAACUUGCCAGGGGAAAUUUCAGGGCCACCUGAGGGAAAAGUAUUGAAACAACAGUCAAGAAAUACUGGACGAAGACAGAAGGAAAGGCAAACUAUCUGUGGGUUGAAAGCUAAGAGAAAUAAUUUAAAUUCUGAUUCAGUGAGCUUUCGUCAUGUAGAGAAUCUUGGAGAAAAUGUUGCGUCUGCUUCAGGAAGCAAAAAUGUCUCGACUAAAUCCGACGUCGAACUUCAACUGCCUGUCCAUAAAUUGAAGAAGAAAAAACAAAAAGAUGUUUGCCCGCAGAAUUUGCAGUCCUCUGUUCAUAUUGAUGCAAAACACAAAACGAAGCAUGGAAAUAGUUCAAAUCAAAUUGUUACCCGAAGUAAGAGCACAUAUAAGUCGGUUGGGUCUUCUGCAAGGCUUGUUGACACAAUCCUCUCAAAUGACUUAAAAGUUAGAGAGGAGCAAAAAAGCAAUGCUAAAGAGGUAGACUCAUCUGGGAAGCAUGCUAAGGGGAAUUUUAAUGCUACACAAGCAAGUUCUCUUUCUACAGAAGAAAAAGCAAAGAGCUCAAUUGUGUCUCCAGAAGAUUUAAGUUAUAAGAGAUCUAGAUCAGGGAGAUUACUUAUGCCUACCUUAGACUUCUGGCGUAACCAAGUGGCAGUUUAUGAUGCGAAGCGUCAAGUUACUGGGAUUCAAGAAGGAUUGCAUGUGGCAGAAUCAUCUGGAGGGCAUAAAUCUGAGUCUCACAAAAAGCGAAGGUGGUUCUCUUGAGCUGCAGGGUUUCCAUUUGCUACUGGAGCAACCUAGAAAAGGUGGUGUUUAGGCUUUGCUCGGCACCAGCAUUGCUCAGCAUAAAAUUGCCUUUGUUUUUGGUAAAAUUAUUAGCAAAUAUGCUUUAGGUUCUGUUUGAAUCAUUUAGGAGAAGGAGAGAAAAAAAGAUUAAUUAGUAUAUUUUCUUUAAAUAUUAAGUACCAUUAAAAAUGAAAAUUUGUUCUAUGAUUAAGAAAAAUAGAAGGUUAGUGAUAUGUAAAAUUAAAUUUCUGUUCAUUGAUUCACUAGUGUAUGUAUGUAUUAUUUUUCUAAU